UCUUAUAUGCCAAAAAAAUUAAUUUUUUGUACCUAAUGCUUUUAUAAAUUCAACGUUAUUUUAAAAUUUAAUUGGUAUUGUAAGAUAUACUUGAUAAAUUUGUUCGCAUCUGGUUAUUAAAAACUAAAAUGUAUAUUUUUAAUUACUGUCUCCGGAGUAGAGUUAACUCCUCGAUAGUUUCUUCAAUGAAACGAUCGUAUACUUUACUGCACUUGAGAACUUCAAUAAUUCACAACAAUCGCACGCUACUACCCAUCAACCGGUUGCCUGGAUAUUUGAUGCUGGAUCGCUGUUUUAUGAAAAAGAUGGGCGAGAAACCCAUUUACGAAGUAUACAAUAAAAAAGCCGCUCAAGACAAGGUUUCACCGAGUGAAUAUGAACUUAUCUACAGUGGCACUGGCCAAACAUAUGCACGGUGUUUGGGUGGAAUAACAAUUUUUGCCAUGAUAGUCUUACCAUCAACUUUUUUUAUUGCCUAUUUGUAUGUUUUGCUUACAGAGGGGAAAGUUGAUUUACAAACAUUUUUAGAUAUAUUGCUUAUGCCAAAUUCAACAAUGGAACUUAUAAUAAUGAUCUCUACAUUGUUUCUCCUGAAAAUAGCGUCAUACAGUUUUAUUUCUAAAUAUGUGUUAAGAAUUUACAGACACAAUGCAAAAAGACAGUAUGUAGGAGUGUACAUAAAUCCAAUUUUGCCAUGGAAAAAUAUAACUUGCACAUUUGAGACAGCUAUUAAAUUGCCUAAUAGUAGACAAGUUUUCAUUCCUUGGCAUAAAGAGUAUUAUCGACUAGCUGGUCACAAAUCAAUUGUCCUAAGAGAAAGAUUCAAAAGACCUAUAGAUUAUGACAGAAUGCUUGGUUUAGUAAAGACAUUGGAUGAAUGAUUAAUUAAUUAUUAUUAGUCAUUAUUGUAAAAUGUUCAAGUUUUUGAAAUAAAUGUAUAAAAAAUAUA